AUGUAUCAAUUCCAGGUACAUCGGACCUAAUAAUUCGAUCAGAAAAACCAUUAAUCUGCUCGUUCUUAUCAGUCAAAUCGUUUUUUUCCCUCUCGAUGUCAAUCACCAAGUCCUCGGCCCUUCUUCAUAAUUCUCUUGUCCUAGGUGCAUAGUAUGUGCAUGGCACAUCUGCAUUGGCCCUAUAAUCCUGGUUGAUCAAGGUAGGAGGAAAAAACAGGCUGUGCGUGGAAGAGGGAAUCGAACAUGGGAGAAGAAAAAGAAUUAUGAGAAAAAAAAUUUGAUGGCUUUUUUUUCGAAUCCCACGUACUUUCCGCCGAAGUUGGGUACAUUACCUCACCUGAGGUGCGUAACACUACUAAGGCACAGAAUUCGGAAAGUCACAAUCGCUUUUUUUUUUUUUUUUUUUCUCCUCUUCCUUUGCACAGACGCGUCUUUAGAUCUUUUGGUCCGGAUCAUUGGAGGGUGUGUGGAUGCCCUAGGUCUCACCGAGCUUCCUUUCCAGUCUAUUGACGCCGUCAAAGUCCUUAAAAUUGCCUUGUUCAUAUAUUCCUAACUAAGCUUCCUACCUAUGCUUACAAGCAAUCAUACCUUAUACCUACCUACCUACCUAUAUCCAAGAGAGAAAGCGAAAGAAACAAGAAAUAAUAAUAACAACCCAGCAGAUCCCCUUCCCCCUAAGCAGGUUUAUCAUCCCGUAGGCUACCUAGGUAGGUACAUUAUUUAUGCUCUCUUCUUGUUUCCUUUUUCAAUACCCACUUCGGCAUCGUUUUCUCCUUCGUCUUCUUUUACUGCCUCAUACCUAAAUAUCGUAUCGACCGUAGGUACUGUACGUACAUGUAUUUUAAUCAUGUCAGACUUGGUCAGCAUGCAUGUGGUUAUUAGGGCUAGUUCCAGGGAUCGAGCGAGCUAUCAAUCUGCAUGGCCAACAAUAACAGCAACACCUACAUAUAUAUGUACAUAACAUUGAACCCCCUAUAUAAGUAUCCAAUGGGCAAUUGAGGUCUUACCUAAGGUGGGCAUUAUACAUACCUAGGUACAUAUAUACAUGGUAGUUUAGUUGAAUGUGUUAUUGAUGGUGUUAAUGAUUGAGCUAUUACAAUCAAUAGAUGUACGGGUACCUACAUUGUAGCUCGAAUACAGUUUCGAAUGGAUGGCGCCAACACGGUAUUUUUCUACCUAGACGCGUUGGAGAAUAUUGUAUUUUAGGUAUAGGGGAGCGUAAUAGGGGGGUAAUUUGGGGUAUCGUUGGAUGCUGUAUCACUAAUGAGAACCCUGAAAUGUGUAAGUGAUUAAAAUAAAUACUUUCCCACGCAUGU